ACUGGAGGCGGCUUGCGUUGACAGCGGUUGUUGGAACUGACUGAGCGAAGUACGGCGGCACAAAUAUCGUCCGUCUGCCUGUUUUUUUUUUUUAAAGAGUUUAACGUUUCUAAAAGUUGACAGCUGCAAGCAUGCAGUCCGAAUCGGGAAUAGUUCCCGACUUCGAGGUUGGAGAUGAGUUCCAAGAGGAGCCGAAAACGUAUUACGAACUGAAGAGUCAACCCUUGAAAAACAGCCCGUCAGACCAGCACGGCUCCUCCAAGCCCCCGCUGAGCUCCUCGGCCAUGACAUCACGCAUCCUCCUGCGCCAACAGCUGAUGCGGGAGCAGCUUCAGGAGCAGGAGCGGCGGGAGCAGCAGAGACAACAGGCCUCACAGUAUCCUCAGAGCACGGCGGCACAGACCCCUGCCAUCAAUGUCAGCGUGCCGAACAGCCAGCCUCCUGCUGCACAGGUGCCGAUGGAGGUGCUGAAGGUUCAGACUCAUCUAGAGAACCCGACCAAGUACCACAUCCAGCGCUCCCAGCAGCAGCAGGUGAAGAGGUACCUGGGAAAGCUUGGCUCUCAGGCAUUGAGCUUGCCCUGCCCCAACCAGUCCUCUGACCACGGGGGCAUGCCGCCAGGGCCGGGCAACAGCGCCCCCAACAGCCCUAUGGCCUUACUGACCCUGAACUCUAACUGCGAGAAAGAGAUGGAUGAUGUCAUUGAUGACAUUAUUAGUCUGGAGUCCAGUUACAGUGAUGACAUCCUCGGCCUCAUGGACCCAGGACUUCAGAUGGCGAACACGAUCGCUGUUCCUGCCAACCUCAUGGACAUGUAUGGUAACCAGGGAAUGUCCCAGCAAGGUCUGCCCAUCAGCAACUCCUGCCCUGCCAAUCUGCCCAACAUCAAAAGGGAAUACUCUGUGUCACAGUCCCCGGCCAUCAUGCAUAUGCUGGAUAAGUCUGGAUCCUGUGGCAAGUUUGACAACUAUCAAAGGCCUGAAGGUUUCCCCGUGGAGGUUAGAGCAAUGGCAAAGGAGCGACAGAAGAAGGAUAACCACAAUCUGAUUGAAAGAAGAAGACGGUUUAACAUCAAUGACAGAAUCAAGGAGUUGGGGACUUUGAUUCCAAAAUCAAAUGACCCGGACAUGCGCUGGAACAAAGGCACCAUCCUGAAGGCCUCAGUGGACUACAUCAGGAAGCUGCAGAGGGAACAGCUGAGGACCAAGGAGCUAGAGACUCGCCAGAAGAAGCUGGAGCACGCCAAUCGACACCUGAUGUUGAGGAUACAGGAGUUAGAGAUGCAAGCGCGGGCUCACGGUCUCGCCAUCGCAUCCUCAGCCCUCUGCUCAGCUGAACUUGGGGCCCGGAGCAUUAAGCAAGAGACAGCUCUGGAAGACUGUCACCAGGACCUGUACACGCUCCACCCCCAUCACCAACACCACCAGGCCUGCACUCCAGAGCCGCCCGGCACCCUGGAGCUAAGCGAGGGCCACUCUAACUUCCCCGCGGGCCACUACAGUGUCCACGGCAAGCCGGGCUCCAAACUCAACGACAUCCUCAUGGAAGACACCUUAUCCCCCGUGAGAGGGGGGGACCCUUUGCUCUCAUCCGUCUCCCCAGACGCCUCCAAGGACAGCAGUCGCAAGAGCAGUGUAAGCAUGGAUGAGAAUGAGCAGGGCUGUUAGCACCCCCUGCUGGAAGACGCCUCUCCUGCAUCUGCGACCCCCCUCAACCCUGCUGUUCCUGUCAGCAGCUAACACACUCCCCGGCUGCUGGAAAGGUUUCAUAUUGUUUAUUUUUUUUGUUUCAUUUUGUUUGUUUUCUCCCCGACUUUUGUUUACAUGUAUUGAAUCUUCUCUGUCCGUUUGUUUUUGUUAGUUUUUAUAAUACCUUUGCUUUUUUGAAGCCCUGGACCUUGAUUUCAAGGACUGAUUCUGAAGUAAUCUUGCUUUAAUCAAUACUUUGAUGACAAUGAGAAACACAAAUAGAGGUUUUUAUAUUUGAAAGGUAUGCAUUUAUCUCUGGAUAGAGGCUAGAUUAUGUUUAUUUCUAUUGAUUCCAAAGAAUCUAGGGAAGUUAUAAAUCAUGGUGAGAUAUGUAGAUAUUUAAUGGUGAGAUGAACACUGCUUUUUAAAUCACUAGCAAUAAUAGAAGAAGAAAAUAAAUCUAUUUAUUACUCUAGUGCUUUACACUCCCUGUGUCUUAGAUUAAACUUGAAUGUGUCGAUGCCUUAUGAAGAUGUGUAUACAUCCAUGUUGUUUUGCUAUGCACAUGUUUUUGGCUGUUAGCUGCGUCUUCCAGUUGAAAUUUCUUCCCUGACAAAAAUGAAUCACUUGUAGAUUUUAUUUAAUUUAUGUAUCUAUAAAAACAGUGUUUUAUGUAACAUUCCCCAGAAAAAUAAGUUUAAUUUAUAACAAGUUGUUUAAAGGAGCCUUGUGGGAUAAUAAUGAAUAAAAGCACAUACAAAUAUGACCUUCAAAAUGUGUCUUUUAAGGCAGUUAAGAUGAGCAAAAUCAGUUUUGAUAUUUGUUUUUCAGGCUUUAUUCAGUGUCAAAAUGAAUCAGAAGCAGCAUAAUAAUGGAUGUAUUCAGUGCUGACUGCUCAGCAUUGUGUACCUGACAUAUUAAGAAUAGAUAAAACACAAAAAUACUGAAAUUAUCUAAAGAAUUAAAAAAAAAAAAAAGAUUUUUUGUGUGUAUAUAUUUAAGUCUUGAAACUAUGAAAAUCUUGGCUCAAAUCAAAGUUAGAAAGCCUGCUGUAGCCCCGACACAUGCACACAAAGCUGAUCAUACUUGAUAGAUCUGAUUGUUACGUAAUCCUCUAAAUCUUUCUGUAAUCUGAUUAACGCAAAAAGAUGAAUCACUUCAGUUUUUUAUUGUAUUGUUGUCUGGAGCGAUCGGACUGAAACAGAACUACACACAGUGUAACACUUCAGCCAUGAGUUGAAACAAGUGCUCAGUUUUUAUACUUGUCCAUCCAUUUCCUAAAUUAUUGGGUUUUUUUUUUUUACAACACUGUGGUGACAUUUCACAUUCAGUAUGCUUUUUUUCAUUAUGUGAACAUUUGUAUUGCCAAGGAGUAUAAGGAGACUGCUUUUGUAUGAAAUGCAUGACGUUGUCAAACACUGGAAUGACCUCUGUGGUUUGUGCGCCUUUUUUUUUUUAAUCGAAGCAUAAACUAACUGUUGUACCGGCUCUUUAAAUACAUACAGUUUUGUAUGAGAUAGUAGACUCCUUCAGUGUGCAGUUGUUGUUAUAUUGCAGCAGUUUGUUUUCAGCAGUUGUAGCACAUUGCAUAUGUAUGCCUUUGUUAAAAAAAACCUACCUGCCAUACAUCGAGAGCCCUGUUGAAGCACAGCCUCCAUUUUUUUAAACUAUGCAACAGUUGUAGACGAUGUGAUCUCCUGAUGAAGUAGUCUAAAAAACGUCAAAGUAAUAAUAACCUUGUUGAUUGAUUUAAGUGCCUUACUGUUGUUUAUUCUGUUAUCCUGGUGGUGUGAGAGGAGUUUUAGACAAUGAUGCAACAUUUUGUUGAUGUUUUUACAGUGUUUGGUGCUUCAUGGUUACACUGAAAAGUGCCAAGGUACAUUAGAAAAUAGUAGGAAAGGGCGUUUUGUAAGAACAAGAUAACACUGAAAGCCUCUUAGACACAAGAACUACAAGAAAGGGUUUGUUAUUAAGAAACCCCAAAGUAUUCAGUGUUAAAUAAGUAAUUAUGUAACAAUUAAUCAGAGAUGGUAAUAGAUUUCAAGUCAUUAAUUAACCAUUGCAUUAUGCAAUUAUUCGAUAAAUUCUUAAAACCUAUGAUUAUUAUUUAAUGAUAUUGAAAAAUUCUUAGUGACGCUCUUGUUCUUGUACUUGUGUAAUCGUGAUUAUUUAUUUCACACAUCUUCCUUUGAUACUGAACACUUUGGGAUGGCUGUGCGUUUCGUUUUUUUUAUUGUUGUCAUUGUGAAGGCAGUGUUUCCAAAGUUGAACUGAAUAUUUUGCAUUCUUUUUAGACUAGCAUGAAUGUAGCUCAAAGUGAUGACUGCCAAAAUGUGUUGUUGCCAAAAUCUGAUACAGUUAGUUUAUUUAACAAUAUGAAUAGAUUUUUUUUUUUUUUUUAACAGCGUAGCUGAUGCACUUCUUUUAGUGUUAUUACCCUUCUAUAUUUACAAACAGAACAUGAGACAUGAUGGCAAUAGGGUAAAAUAAAUAAAAACAGGUGAUGUUUAUUGCAUAAGUUCAUUCCUGUUCCUGGAAGAAGUAGUAAAAACAUUAACUCAAGAUCUGCUAAUAUUUCCAGAAUAUUCAACUACAUCAAACUGACUUUAUCGGCAGAUAGAGAUAUCAUGCAUGAAGGAGUGAGAUGUGGUUGAAAGUCUGGAACAAGCUAAAAAGUGGAUCUUAAAGCUCCUGUGAGGAACUUUCUGUUUGUGUUGAUUUUGGUGCCCCUUGCGGACAAAGCGGCUCGUCUUAUCUCUUUGCACAGGAUUUUGUCAUCCUACAUUAUUUUAUAUAAAUAUAUUACUCAUUAGAAAUCUCUGCUAUGGAGAAUUAGUAUACUAACAUUAUUGUCACAUGCAGUUAAUUGGCUCUCUGACGCCUACCCCCCGCCAGUAGUUUUAGACAUUACAAUCAACUAUGUAGGAAUAAUCAUGCUGCUGAUGCUGUAGUUUGGUUUUGUAGCUCAUAAGAAGGCAUCUGUAUUCAUUUCAGUCUGUUUCAUAACAAGAGAAAAAAAAUCCUCACAGGAGCUUUAAGUUGAGAUUUUUUGUUGUUGAAGGAAAACUGGAGCUUCAGAACGACCCAUAUAGCGACACCAAUCCCAGAUACUGAGCCUUAAUAGAGCAAUACAAACAGGCCUGUAACACUGCCAUCUGACUGAACCCAGAUCAGCUUUAAUUUUUUACUGAGUAGAUAGAUCAUCUAAACCUCGAAAUGUGACAGAUUAGAAGGAACAUCAGCAUCACAUUAUGGGUCAACCACUACUGAAGAAGUAUCUCUUCUGCUCACUCUCAUUCCUGUGGUUCAUACAGACAUUGUUCUCUGCUGAUGUUGCUACUGUUCUUAUUGUUACACUUUGUAUGACAUGAAUGUAGCAAUAGUUACUGUACGCACUGGUUUCAGAUUAGUGAGUUUGAACUCGUUAGUACUUAAUGUGGAACUGUCAUGUGAGAAAUAUUAAAAGUUUUAUUUGAAUGUUU